AAUGUAUUCCGCCAAAGGUUCUCAACUACUCAAUGAAGAUAGUUAAAUAAGUAUCGAUAUUUGCUUAGAGCGUUCGACUGUUCGAGCACUAAAAUUAAACCUGAUGCAAAACGUCGACAAUGCGUCAAUGAUCAAUGUCAAUGCUGUUGCUUGCUGCAAGGUUUUCUCUACUGUUUGAACCCACCAUGAUGUUCACGAUGAAGAGGCUGCUGUUCAUGAUGAUCUUGGCCUGGCUGACCCCAGCCAUUCUUGGGGUGGACAUUUCCAUUUCUCGCUACGAGGAGGGCAGAAAACAGUUUCAGCUGAUAGAACAACACUCCAGUAUGCCGCGGUAUGGUCAGUGCUGGAGGAAUGCUAUGGUCACCAUACAGACUGGUUGCAAGAAACUGACAGAUAGGGCACAGGCUAGACUUGCUCUCGCCUAUUUGAACUGUUUUUUGGAGAUUCAAGGCAGAAGUGGUUACUCAUGCUCAGAGGAUCAAGAUUUGGAUGAGUGUAUGAGUCAACUGAGGGAGGGAGAUCGUGGCUCACUGGCCACAUUCUUCACACACACACAAAGCAUCUGCUACUUCCUGCAAGCCCAGAUCUGGCAGGCGGAGACUGAUAACACAGUGGAACGACUGGCCCAGAAGUCUGUUCAGGUGACGGAACUGCUAGACAGCUCAUUUCAGCUCCAGAAGGACAUGAUCGUGGUUCAAAACCAAACUCUGGAGAAUCAGCAACGACUCCUCCAUCAGGCGAGCAACUUAUCCAAAGACAUCAAUAGCUCCUCUCAGAGUGUGCAGCAGCUGUUUGAGGACCUCAAGAGGUCUACAGUGGAGCAGACAGAAAUCAUUGGUCACGUGUUUGAUCAGCUGCUCAAACUGCAAAAUACAAUCCUGGGAGAAGUGUCUGGCCUGUAUUCCUUCUUCUACUACUGUCUCUCCAUCCUGGUGUGCUAUGUUUUGACCUCCACUGCUCGCACUUCGGGGGCCAGGAUGUGGCUGUUCCUUAUCAUGACCAUCAACUUUCUCCUGGAGCAGACACUGUUGAGGUGGUUCACAUCUGCUGUGGCCAGCGUCUACGACUGUGACAACAAUGUUUGCUUGUACUGGAUGCAGAAGUGUUGUCGUCACGUGUCCAUGCUUUGUGCGCUGUGUGUGCUGUGCGCGUGUGCCUACUUGUACAGAGACAUCAACGCAGUCAACAACGAGUUGUUGGUGGAGAUCAGGAGACAGAACUCGGAUAUCCGUAAACUCAUCUCGGGAAGUUCCAGCGUUCCUCAAGAAGCAAAGGAAAGAAUGGGGCAAGAUGGAGAGCCUGUCAGUGACAGCGAUUACACCAGUGACGAUAGCGAAGCAGACACAGAUAAGACGUUUGUCUUGCCAGAAAACAUGACCGAGGUCUCCAAUGACAAUGACAGCUACUGUACAGUGCAGGAUCCUUCAGCCCUGAAUCCUGUCCCACUAGUGGCAUUGCAGAUCACCAACAAGGGACACCUCAGCGACAUUCCUAUAACCUGCGGCAGAGACCCAGAAACUCUUCCACAAACACAAGUCCUGCAUCCCGAGUGGAGUCUCCGAGCAGUUUUUCCCGCACUGUGAGACACAUGCAGCAAAUCGCGCAGAAAAACAGUGAACUUUUACGAGAGCGCUUGAACAACCCCAGUUCGCCAGCAUCUUCUCCUGGCCCUCAGUGCAAUGGGUCGGCCCAGCACACUGGCUGAAGGAAGUUUCCCAGGAUCAGUUUUGAAAGACGUGAAGGAGCCAUUGUACGUGGUACUGUCAGUCUGAUGGGUCCAAACAAAGACAUAAUAUAUGAUAACUGUGUUGCAAAUGCAGCCCCCUUUAUGUUCCAAGGAUCUGCAAAUGUCAAUUUCUGCUUGUUUCUGCACUAAAUUUAUUGGUACUUAAUUCUACAAGCUGUGUACAAAUAUUGGGAUACAAUUAUUCCUUUUACGCACCUUGUAAUUACUUCCAUAGAUAUUAAAGGUCUUCUGAGAUCACUUAAUCUGAAUGUGUCACUGAAAGCUACUCAGACAAUCAGAAUGUGUCUUCACACAUUUUGGCCCAUGGAAUUCAGAUCUACUACUGGUUCAGAGAGGUCCUAUAAACCAGUCUCUUUGCCUCUGUCUUUAUUAUAGAGGUGUUAGUACACCCCCUUGAUAUGUAUUAGUCCAGUAAUCUGUGCUGUUAACGCUGCUCUCUGAGACUCACAAAUUCUGCUGACUUAAAAUUAAAAAGCACUUUUACAAUUUGGUGCUCAUUUAAAAUUGUAUCUUGUGCUUCCAUAUUUGGAGGGAGGAAUGGAUUUACACAGUAUGUCAUAGUGAACUGGAAAUAAUAUGAGAACAUUGAACUGUCAGUCUAUGCUGUUUAAAAAUUGUCUUUCACAUAUUUGUCUCGCCAAAAGAAGGGAGAUUUUAAAAAAUCAUUUUUCUGUACACUUGCUUCCCUUGACCCUUUUGUUGCCACGGGUAUAUGAUCCUACUUCUCAGCCCUGAUUUUCAGCUAAGCUCGAUACCUGCAAAUCUAAGUCAAAAAGUGUAUUUAUUUGCCAUUUUAAAGUCAUUUCAAUGUUUACGUUUUACGAAACCAUGCGGUCGCCUGCAAGCCUAGAUCUAUGUUUAUCGAUCGCUUGCAAGCCAUUAUAAAAAGUCAUCUUUACCGACGUGAUCAGUUGUCCUCUCUACAUAAUGCUUGAGAGUUCGAACCGGGUCAACCUUAGGAUUGGAUGCCCUGUCAAUUCUGAUUUGGAAACCGUGCCUGUUAUAGUCAUUCUUGAUACCAAGAAGUUUUAUGGUCAUAAAACUGUCUUCAUUGAAGGAUACUUGUUUGCGCUUUAGGGUGACAGCAGGGGCAAUAUCAGAUGGUCAAGCCAUCAUGCUUAUUGUUAGGAGUAUCAAGGACUAAUCCUAAUAUCCUUUAAACUGAGUUUUUCAUUAUCUUCCCAUUUGGAAAACAUAACUUGAAGUGACUCUAUUUUUCAUCACUGGCGUUCUGCCAGCUGGUUCACAAGUCUCAAAUUUGACCAGUGUAAUAGACUGACUUGAUUGUCUAUUACUAUUACAAGCACAAAGCUCAUUGAAUUCAUGGAGGCAGCCAUCAAGGGUAUACCGGAACUGAACUUUAUUCAGAAGAAUUACAACAGACCAGUGGCUAAAGGGGACACAAUCAUGAUAAUUAAUAGGUUACUACCUAGAAGAUUUAUGUCCCUCUAUUCAGUACGAUUAUUACACAGAUUGAUUGUUACUUUAUUACAUCCCUCCACCCUUAGUUAAUGUUCACAAGGAGCACAAGACUACCCUAUCAAAAUUUGACUGAAUAUGAAAAUAUUGACGUCUAUGAUAUUAGACCUGAUUGGAGAACAAUGAGCGAUUAGAUAUUUGUAAGAUUAUCAUCCCAAAUCUAGUAAGUCUUCAAAUGAUGCUAGAGUCUACACAAAAUUCAAAUUGACACUGACAAGAAAUAUGAAACACUUUAAAAGCACAGGUAUAAUGAACAUGAAACACAUAGGCCUACAGCAUUCUGCUGAAGAUUACAACUUGAAAUACAUAUAAACUGUCUUAGAGUGUCACAAAUUUAACUUGUCAGGAGGUUUAAUUUUGCGAGUUGAUUUUCGCAGUGGCUGUUGAGUUGGAGCAAUUUCACGAGUACCAAAUGAUGUACUUUGAUCAAAUGCUGUGAGCACAUUUUCAUGGUCAAAUAUGACUGGGUUGCCGUUUUCGGGUUCAGUGGUGUCUGAACUUGGCUUAUCGAACUCAACACUCACAGGUCUAUUUACAGGUUUAGGCGCAGACUGCACAUUUGACAUGGACCGGUCUUCCUGUGUGAUGGUGACUGAUUAAUACUCAUUUUCAGCACAUGUUGAUUUCAUUUGAUCUGCAUGUCUGCGUACCUGUGUUCCUUGGUCUGUUCUAAUUGUGUAUGAUACUGGACCUGAACAUUCAAUAAUUUGUCCACGCAACCAUUUCUCACCCUGUCCAAAAUUCCUGACAUACACACUGUCAUCCAUCCUCAUCUCUCUUUCCCUGGCUGUUUUGUCAUGAUUGAGUUUUUGUCAUUGCUGGUGUUGUAUGACAGAGUGUUGUACAGUUGGGUGGAGAAGAUCAAGGUGUGUCUUUAGUUUUCUACCACAAAGCAGCUCACAAGGAGCUAAGCCUGUUGUGACGUGUGGAGUGACACGAUAUAUGGUUACAAAUCUGUUCACUCUCUCUUGAAGAGAAAACUUGUUACCCAUUUUGAUAAUGGAACUUUUGAAGGUGCCAACAGCCUUCUCUGCCAAGCCAUUACUGGCUGGAUGAUAUGGCGAAGUGGUUAUGUGCUCAAUGCCAAAUAUUGUUUAGAGCCCAGUCUGUUUGCUCCAGAGCGUUUACUCCACUGGUCAAGGGAUCCAAGUAGAGGCUGUUGUACCUCUCGACUCUGUAGGUGUUCACUGACGCGAAUCAAUCUAUGGUGUGAACCCCAUACAGAUUGUCUAAGAAUUUGAAAACCAUGCUUGAGGAAGCCUGGACAGAAUGAUGGUCUGGUCUGACGUUCUUUCGUGCAAUCCACUUGACGUGAAGGGUGAUCUAGUGUUUUAAAGCUAGGGCCCGUAUUAAUGCCUUGCCAGCUGUGUAAGUGUUGGGUGACGCGAGCCCAUGAAGUUGACGUUGGCCACUGUUGUCAUGUUGUCGAAGUAGAUGAAAACUGAUUUGCCCUGAAUCCAUGGUAGAGAGCUUUUUAAAGUGUAUAGCACUGCCAUCAUCUCCCUGUAGUCGGAAAAGACGAGAUGUCUCUGUGUUGAACGUUAAUUUUACCGCGAUAUUGGUGUACUCUGCCUGUAGAAAUGAUGUUUGUGAAUAAAAAUAUCACAAGUAAAUCCUGAAUGUCGCUUGCUGAAAGGCUGGACUUUGACGGCCCGUCGGCCUGUUCGUUCUCAGGUUGCGAUAGAGUGACAAUAACUUGAGACCGGUCUCUCUGUGUCGAGCACAUUUGACUAUGACUUUCAGAUUUGCUCUGUGCUCUUGUUUAAUUCCCGUUGACAACUCCUUCAAAUUGAAAUGAUGUGGGAUCUGUACUUCAGAUAGUCUUUCUUUAAUAUUGUCAAACUGACGGCAUAAACAUGCCUGAUCGUGUUGACUGGCUUCUUGAGAAGCGGCGCUGCCACUGUAUUGGACUGCGGGGGUCCCUGUUGAAUUUGGCGGCCUGAGGCCGAUUGUGUUGCUACUGCCACUUUGUUGCUUUUCUAUAGAGUCGACACAAGUGGUUAAUUCAUUAAGCUUUUCUAAAAUAGUGUCGAUCUUCCUAUCUAGCUGGGCCAUUGGCAGAGAGGUGGGUAUGAGCUCCUACCAGGCUUUUAAAUGAACACAACCUACCUAACUAUAGUCUAGAUAGUCAAGUGCCAGCUUACAACUACAGUGCGUGUAAGCCCCCACUACGCUAACUAGAUCUAUCUGGUAACACACAUGAAAGUACAUCGUAUGUCACAACUUACGCAAAUACAUCGAAAAUACAUCGUAUGUCACAACCUACAAAGGGAGGAAGUCCUUGGGGAACACACUAAAUGAAUUACUUUUCUGGAGCAUGAGGAGCACCGUAAAAUGACGUCUUUGCUGUGGACUUACACAACAAGAGACAAAACAUGCGCAUUGUUUAUAAUGCGCCCGUGGUAUCGUACUUGACACAAUGGGUGUAACAAUUAAUAACAGCUCUGCAACAUGGACGUUUCAGUGUUUCUAAAUACAUGUAUUGAUUUUUGUUUUUGUUCAAUAUUGCUUAUAAUGGUAGGCCUACAUGUAAGAAUUUGUGUUUUAUAGACAAAGAUAAGAUUUUACGUGGAUAAUUUUUACAGCCUUUCUGUUAGUGAUGCUAAGCAAUGACUGAGGUCAACAAGGGAUGUGACACAUAUUCCCCAGCUGUAUUGUGUUUUGCUAUCGGACUCUUCAGGUCAGGUUAAUACACUAACGUUGAAUCAUUUGCUGUUUUGCCAGAGAGUAUGAAAGAUUUAAAUGGAUACUUACUUGUUGAGACAUUUGCUGCUGUGGAAUUAUGUAAAUACAAAGCAAUGAAUCAUGCUGACCUGCAGCUGGUCACUUUUAUAUUUUGAUAUUUCAGCUAAUUGACCAAAGUCCUUUCCUUAUACUAUAUAUAAUCGUGAGCUUAUGACAACUCUGCACUAUCUCUAGCCCAGAUAUCUAUCACUAUCAGGUGAUUAAAUACUUGUAGGUCACUGGGUUUCCAAGUUGUGUGUGUGGUUGAAGGGCGCCUGUAGACUGUAGGAGGUUGUUUCUGUCCAUCUUGCUCUUUCCCAAUACUUACCUGACUUUUAACAAAUUGAGUCAAUGUGCUUCUCUUUACUCAAACUAAAACAUCCAGGUUGCCUUUUUUGUGCAGACACCAUCAGAUCAAAUGCAGAUAUUUAUUGAACUAUCAGUGUACAGAAAGGCACAAAGAAAAUGUAUUUGAAUUGUUUUGCCACAGUGUUCUGGUGCUUCAGCUUAUCAGCAACUGGGUAUGUCUCUUAUUAGAUUUAUUGUGACAUCUCCAACUUUUUUGUACUUUGUAUGUAGUAUGUUCCGUCAAAUCUCAUUAUACCACCAGAUUUUGCCAAUGCAGGAAAAAGAACGCCUAUUUAAACUAUCAUCUGCCAACUGUUUGAAUUGUACUUGUACUGUUGCUACUACAUGUACUAGACUGGUGUGUAGCUGCCAAUCUGUACAUAAAUGUAAUUCAUAUUUUUGGAGAGUCUGAAAACGGAAGGCCAUUUUCGUAUUAGAAAAUACAUAUUCUUGUUUUCUAGUAUUGUAUCUUACAUGCUUGCCGAUGCUGAAGAAAAAUGAUGAGCUUUCAAGACUUGAUUAGCAAAAGAUAAUUAGAACGACACUUAUACGUCUACUGAUGAGAUCUCUAGCUCUGUAGGUCUUCUUUGGAUAGCUUGAAUUUAUUGAAUGCAAAAAAAAUGUGUGUGUGAAGGGUUUGGAGGGAGGUUACUCAGGCCAAUGCCCACCAUCUUGACCCGCUGCGGGGGUAAAGUCUGUUUAUUUAUUUUUUUAUUUGAAAAGUUGGCUGCUACGCAAAUAUAAAUUUGCCUUGCAACAUCGCCCUGGCAACUUCAUGCUUGUCACAAGGUUGGCUGUAUAAUGGUGUUUUUUUUUACCGUCCAUACAUACAUUGAAGAUUACGAUUGAAUAUAUUAAGUAUGCACUUAAAGAUAAGAUAUACUGUUUCUAUGCAGAUUGUGUUCGUGUAUUAGUAUUAAAUAUAAAUUGUGUUCAUUUAAUUUACAUUAUAUAUGAGAAAUCUGACAUGUACAUAUGUAUAUUUAUAUAAAUAAAUAAACUUAUUAAAAUAAGCCAAUU